UUUACGUUUAUCAUUGUGACAAAAUUUGUGAAAGUUUUAAGUAUCUAAAUAUUUUUAUAUAUUUUGCCAUAAGCUUUUAAUACUAUGUCUAAAAAAAUUAUUGCACAGACUGCCGAAAGGGUGCGAAAGCUAUGCAGGAGAGCUAUUGGACCGUUGAUGAGUCAAUGGCACGCUUCCAUGAGUUCCAAGGCGUCGGGUGUGUCCAUGACAAGACUCGAGUCCGGCAAUCCCUUACCGUAUAAGAAGCUGAGUGAGAAACUGGAAUGCAUAAGCUCUCGCUUAGAUCGUCCGCUUACGUUAUCGGAGAAAGUACUUUACUCGCAUUUGGAUGAUCCUAGCGGACAGGAGAUCGAGCGUGGCAAGUCCUAUUUGCUGCUACGUCCCGACCGUGUCGCCAUGCAAGAUGCGACAGCUCAGAUGGCCUUGAUGCAGUUCAUCUCCUCGGGGCUGAGCAAGGUGGCUGUGCCAUCGACGGUUCAUUGUGAUCACUUAAUCGAGGCACAAAAGUGCGGAGAGUUGGACCUGAAACGUGCCAUCGAUGAUAACAAGGAAGUGUAUGACUUUCUUGCCAGCGCCAGUGCCAAGUAUGGCCUGGGUUUCUGGAAGCCCGGCAGUGGCAUUAUCCAUCAGAUUAUACUAGAGAAUUAUGCCUUUCCAGGCCUUCUCAUGAUCGGCACCGACUCCCACACGCCCAACGGAGGUGGUCUUGGCGGACUUUGUGUUGGAGUGGGCGGCGCCGAUGCUGUUGACGUGAUGGCCGGCAUGCCCUGGGAGUUGAAGUGCCCCAAUGUGAUUGGCGUUCAUCUAACUGGCAAAAUCAGUGGCUGGACCUCGGCCAAAGAUGUUAUUUUAAAGGUAGCUGAAAUUCUGACUGUUAAAGGCGGCACAGGCGCCAUAAUUGAGUACCAUGGCAAGGGUGUUGAAUCCAUCUCCUGUACGGGCAUGGCCACCAUUUGUAAUAUGGGUGCCGAAAUCGGUGCAACAACCUCGUUGUUCCCCUUCAAUGAGCGCAUGGUCAAAUAUCUGUGUGCCACCGGCCGAGGGGCUAUUGCCGAUGAAGCACAGAAGUAUACGAAUAUAUUGACACCCGAUAAGGGAUGUAAGUACGAUCAGUUGAUUGAGAUUGAUUUGGACAAACUUGAGCCAUUGGUAAAUGGUCCAUAUACACCGGAUUUGGCACAUCCCAUUAGCAAACUAGGUGAGAAUUCGAAGAAAAAUGGUUAUCCCUUAGAAAUCAAGGUCGGUCUGAUUGGCUCCUGCACGAACUCCUCAUACGAGGAUAUGGGACGCUGUGCCAGCAUUGCCCAGGAUGCCAUUGAUCACGGACUCAAGGCCACAAUUCCCUUCAAUGUAACUCCCGGCUCUGAACAAAUUCGCGCUACAAUUGAGCGUGACGGUAUAUUGGAAGUGUUCAAUAAAUUUGGUGGCACUGUGCUGGCAAAUGCAUGUGGUCCUUGCAUUGGCCAGUGGGAUCGUAAGGACGUGAAAAUGGGCGAGAAGAACACUAUUGUCACAUCCUACAAUAGAAACUUUACAGGUCGCAAUGAUGCAAAUCCAGCUACACACUGCUUUGUGACAAGUCCUGAAAUGGUAACCGCUCUUUCGAUUGUCGGCUGCUUGGGCUUUAAUCCAAUGACGGACGAGCUAACCGACAGCAAGGGUAAGAAGUUCAAGCUCAAAGCACCCAUGGGCGAGGAAUUGCCUUCCAAAGGAUUCGAUCCCGGACAGGAUACAUACACUGCACCACCCAGUGAUGGAGGAAGCGUUAAAGUCGCUGUUGAUCCCAAGUCCAACCGUCUGCAGCUCUUGCAACCCUUUGAUAAGUGGGACGGUAAGGAUCUAACCGAUCUCACCGUUCUUAUCAAGGUGAAAGGAAAGUGCACAACUGAUCACAUUUCGGCAGCCGGUCCCUGGCUGAAAUAUCGGGGCCAUUUGGACAAUAUCUCUAACAAUUUGUUCAUUGGCGCCACCAAUGCCGAGAACAACGAGAUGAACAAGAUCAAGAACCAACGCAGCAAUGACUGGGGAACUGUUCCCGAAGUGGCCCGCGACUACAAGGCAAACAAAGUUAAGUGGGUAGCUGUUGGGGAAGAGAACUACGGAGAGGGUUCUUCCCGUGAGCAUGCUGCACUGGAACCACGCCACCUGGGUGGAGUAGCCAUUAUAGUAAAAUCCUUUGCCCGUAUACAUGAGACCAAUCUGAAGAAACAGGGUCUGCUUGCACUGACCUUUGACAAUGCCGGCGACUAUGACAAGAUCCAACCAACCAGCAAAAUAUCGCUACUCAAUCUAGCUAAAAUGGCACCUGGACAACCCAUCGAUUGCGAGAUAAAGAACGGUGGCAGCUCCGAUAAAAUCAAGUUGAAUCACUCCUUUAACGCGGAACAGAUUGAGUGGUUCAAAGCUGGAAGCGCCCUCAACCGGAUGAAGGAUUUGUUGACAACAAAAAAUUAAUUUAAAAGAAUUUUUGAUAGUUGAGAAGUUUUUGAGUGUUUGCAAUUUGUUUGUGUCUAAAAAUAUAUAUAUUGAAACGAAAGCUUUAGACUUGUUUUAAAAUCGGCUUGUA